AUGUCAUUCGUUACCCGAGCCACAUCUUGUUUUGCCUCGUCAUCCUCCUCCUCCUCCCUUAUGCGAAGGAUGAUGGUCAACCACCACAAACAAGGGUCGUUUGGACCACCCUCUGCACGUCGUUGGGUCCAUGUGGAAAAGAGACUGGAAGAACUAGGAAUCACUCUUCCAACUCCAUCUUCCCCAAGAGCAAAUUACAACAGUGUCUGUCAUGCUUCUGGAAAUAUGAUGUACAUUUCGGGUCAUUUGCCGUUUCGACCGGAUGGCACUCUCAUUACGGGACGGAUUGGAGAAAAUGGAUUGGACAAGGAGCAUGGAUACGAAGCAGCCCGCAAUGCUGCUUUGAAUAUUAUUUCCACUCUCAAACAAGAACUUGGAGAUUUGGAUAGGGUGGAGAAGAUCGUCAAAGUGUUUGGGAUUGUCCAAUCGACGGGUGACUUUAAGGAACAGCAUUUGGUGAUGGAUGGAUGUUCCGAUGUCAUUAUGGAAGUCUUUGGGAAAGAAGCUGGGUACCAUGCACGAUCUGCAAUUGGAACGAAUACGCUUCCCAUUGAUAUUUCAGUAGAAGUCGAAGCUGUGGUUCAGAUUAAAUCAGACUAG